GGCACAUUUAGACUUAACUUUUUUCAAUUAGUUCAUUUCAAGACUUGAAAUAAUGAAGGCAUUUUUGGUUCUUUUUGGGCUAAUUGCCACCGUGCAAUUGAGUUUGGCAGUUUUUGGUGAGUUCAAACAUGGCGAUAAGAACUCAAAAUAUUUUAAAAAGGAGCCACCAUUAAGAGCUACAAAGCCUGUUGCUGCUGUCGAUGCAGUUUAUGAAGGAUGGAUUAAACAACGAAUGGAUAACUUUGAUCCUCAAAAUACAGAGUCAUUUUAUAUGAGAUACUUGUUCAAUUUUGAGAAUUUUCAACCUGAUGGACCAAUUUUCAUUUUUGUCGGCGGUGAAUGGACAGUUUCACCAGGCAUGAUCCAAUUUGGACACAUGUAUGACAUGGCCCAGGCUUUGAAUGGUCUCUUAAUCUACACCGAGCACAGAUAUUAUGGAGAAACAAGACCAACUGCAAAUUUAACCUUAGAUGAACUUCGUUAUUUGAACAUUGACCAAGCACUUGCUGAUCUUGCUCAUUUUAUUGUCACCAUCAAGCAGACUUUCCCUGGUGCUGAAAAUUCUGGAGUGAUCCUUGUUGGAUGUUCAUACAGUGGCACAAUGGUAACAUGGUUCAUGCAGAAGUAUCCACAUUUGAUUAAGGGAGCUUGGGCACUUAGUGGUCCAUUAUUAGCACAAGUUGAUUUUGUUGAGUAUCAAGAAGUUGUGUCAAGAGCAAUACAUCAAGUUGGUGGUGAAAACUGCAGCAAUACAAUUCGUAAUGCUUUCGAGCAAAUGGAAACUUUAGCAGAGCAAGGAAACGCUACUGAACUUCAAAGACUUUUUAAAUUGUGCAAACCAUUGGAUCUUAAUAAUGAUCUUGAUGUUUGGUCAUUAUUUGGAGAUGUUGCCAGUACAUGGUCAGGAUUGGUUCAAUAUUAUUACAGACAUGAUCGUGACAUUGAAAAUGCUUGUGAAGGACUUGAAUUACACAAGACAAAUACAACAACGGAUUUAGAAGCUUACGCACAAUGGAUAAUGAACAGAUGGAGGAUUAAUACAUGCUAUGAUCACACUUAUGAGUCUUUCCUCGAAAGUUGGAGUGGAACAAGUUGGGAUGACUGGAUCGCACAAUCAGAAUGGAGACAAUGGUAUUAUCAAACAUGUGCUGAAUAUGGCUGGUACCAGUCAUCUGGAUCUGAAGAAAUUCUUUUCGGAAGUAACUUCCCAGUUAAUAUUUCAGUUCAAAUAUGCAGUGACCUUUACAAUGGAUUCUUCACACCAACAAGCAUUCAGGGUAAUACCGAUAGAACCAACAUUAUCUAUGGCGCUAAAAAUCCAAGCGUACGCAAUGUUUAUUCAACUCAUGGAGAACAUGAUCCUUGGGCACCAAUGGGUCUCGAUGCUAAUGAGAAUGAAGACUCGCCGGUUGUUUAUUUGCCAGGUGAAUCACACUGCAGUGAUCUGGGGUCAAUCGGUGUAAGAGAUACACCUGAAAUGGUAGCUAGUAAGACAAGAAUUUUCGAACUAGUCCAAAAAUGGCUUGGAAUUCCACCAGAACAACAAAAGACAUUGCCUCCAGUUGCAUAAAUUCAAUUAAUGUUCGAGAAGAAAAGUUAUGAAAUUAUAUAAAUAAUCAAGGGGGAAAUAACUUGGUCGGGAAAGAUUAGAAAUUUUUAAUUCAGUUUCUCUCAAUUUUCAUAGAAAAAUGAAUAGAUUUUCCUUAUCCAAUUCGAAACUUUUUCAAUCAAGUUGUUUUCCCCCUGUAAAAACAUUUAUCAAUCAACCGGAUAAAUCAUUAUCAGAAAAUAGA